AUGGCCGUGCAAUCUGACUCCGGCGGGAAGGACGAUGUGAAGACACAGUUUGUAACACGAGAAGGGACGUACCGGUUGAUGACGCUUUCGGAGUACUCACGGCCUAACCGUGUGGGUUAUACUAGUGGCUCUGGUUCCACACAUGUUCGAGUCUCUUUGGUGACUUUGCCUCCAGGUGCUGCUCCUGGCUCUGAUGGACCUACCUCAGAAGACAGAAUUUGUUUUAACCAUGGAAAAGAGCUAUAUGUGUAUGUGUAUAAAGGCAUUAAAAAGGCAGCAGACCUCACAAAACCAGUGGAUAAAAAGAUGUAUAAGGGCACAAACCCAACCUGUCAUGACUUCAACACGGUCACGAUGACACCAGAUAGUGUUUCAUUAGUCAUAGGCUUUUCUACUGGCCAAAUACAAUUAAUAGAUCCUAUUAAGAAAGAAUUAAGUAAACUUUAUAAUGAAGAGAGACUGAUAGAUAAGAGCCGAGUCACAUGCAUGAAGUGGGUGCCAGGCUCAAGUAACCUUUUCAUAGCAGCGCAUGCAUCGGGCCAACUUUAUGUGUACAAUGAGGAGUUAAACUGUGGGACCACGACACCACAAUAUCAACUUUUCAAGCAUGGUGAUGGCUACUCAAUACAUACUUGUCGGACUAAGAGUACUAGAAACCCACUUUACAGGUGGGUAAUAGGUGCAGAGAGCUGUAUAAACGAGUUCGCAUUCUCUCCGUGCGGCACGAAUCUGGCGGUUGUCUCUCAGGACGGCUUCUUGCGCUGCUUUCACUACGAUACCAUGGAACUCGUCGGGCGAGCUCGCUCCUACUUUGGCGGCUUCCUCUGCGUCUGCUGGUCACCAGACGGGAAAUACGUUGUAGUGGGAGGAGAAGACGAUCUUGUUACCGUCUGGUCCUUCAGCGAAAGACGGGUCGUGGCCAGGGGUCAAGGGCACAGGUCAUGGGUCUCGGUCGUCGCCUUCGACCCAUACAUAGUCAGCUUGGGUGAGCCGGCCACGGAAGAUACGCGCGAGGACAAAAGUGAAAGUGCACAGAGUUACAGGCUAGGCAGUGUUUCUCAAGACACACAGUUGUGCUUCUGGGACUUAACCGAAGACGUUCUCAAACCGGCCGUGCGAGCGAGAGCAUCUACACACCUUUCCCCUAAUAGCAACAAUAUUUCCUCGAACGGUAUCCCCGGAACAAAAGUACAUCAAAAAUGUACCAAAAACAACAAAAUCGGGCAUAAACAUGCGGAAUUAGGUGGAAAUAACGCCGCCGGCGAACCUUCCGGCGCGAAAGCAGCUAAAUCGAAAUCGAAUAACAUUUCCACGUUGAAUAUUAACGUCGGAAAGGCGAAAGAGGAAGCGUCCGGAUCGUUAGGGGUUAAUUUUACGCAACGACUGGCAGCUUUAUCUUUCGGGGAACGUCGGUCAGAUCACAGACGGAACUUUAGUUUGACAAAGAGUACAGAUAAGUCAUCGGCGGCCAAUACGGUAGCGUUAAGGGGGAAGUCAGCGGGGGCGCAAACGAACGAUAGCUGUGACCCCGUUAAGUUAAUAGGGACUCCGUCGUGCCCCCGUUUCGACGAGUGUCCCGUCCUGGAGCCGCUCGUAUGUAAGAAGAUAGCGCAUGAGAGGCUAACGGCCUUAUUGUUUCGGUCGGAGUACUUUAUAACUGCGUGCGCCGACGGGUGCGUGAACACUUGGUCUCGGCCGUUACGUUCCGCGCCCGGCCCGACCCGCCGGGACCGCGUCGACCUGACUGACUAG